AUGCGCUCCACCGCCUUCAUCUCCGCCGUCACCGCUGCCCUUUUGGGCUUCAGUAUGGCAUCCCCCGCCAUCAUGCACCCGCGGUUCGACGAGAACCACGGCAUCACCGUCCUCGUCUGCGACGCCCCGGCCAACCUCGCCACUUGCAAGCGGGACUGCGACUGCCCCGGCGACUCGCUGCAGCCCGACUGCGGUCAUCCCGUCUGCCACGAUAACUGCCGAUGCCGUGAGGCUACUCCUCCUCCUCCCUACUCGCCUCCUCCUCCUCCGUACAAGCCUCCCACCCCUCCUCCCCCUCCUAGCCCCCCCAAGCCCAAGGCCCCCGGCGCUUAA